AUGUGUACAAUCACAUACGAACAAAUGGAUCCCAAAGUGGAGAGCAUCUCGAUUUUUCGUCGUAUUCGGAAAGUCGAUUACCGUGUUUGGUUCUUUAUGUUGAUCGUCGGAAGUAUUGCAUUUGAUGUCACCAAAUUGGAGUAUUUGGUCCAAUAUGGAUUCAAAAUCAAUACAAUUCACAUUCCGUUGUACUUAAUUUUCAACGCAUUCCUCUUGUAUGCUGCCAUUUGGAACAAUUUGGUAGCAAUGUCUGUUGUCAAAGUUUAUUCGACUAUUCUGCUCAUGUUCUCCACAAUAAUCGCCACAUUGGGCCCAGUCUGGAUGAUCUUCGAAUUCAAGAACGGUGCUCCAGAAGACAUUCGUUUGGUUAUGGAACAUGGAGAUACUCAUCAAAUGGAAUUCAUUCAACGUCUUGGUUACUGUAUUCUCUUCGAGCUCACUUUGAUUUUUGAUGCAGGAUUUUACGCUCUCCAAAUGUUCCUCGCUCGGAAAGUUAUUCAGUCGAUUAAAUCAGAGAAAAAUGAGGUUCCAGUCGAGAUGAAAUCAAUUAACAUUGUUUGA